AUGGAAAACGCCAACGGAUUUGGGAUCGACUCCCUCCUCUCCCAUCGAUCCGGGAGCCCAGCUGCACCCAAAGGAGACCCGCCGCUCCUGGGAGACACCAGAUCCUCUCUGGAACUUAGCCCUCGCUCGGAACUCAGCAGCGGCUGCUUGUCUCCCCCGUCCCCCCGGAGGGAUUGCUUGGAAGCGCCAGCUCAGUUACCCGGCGGCUGCGGAGGCGGAGGAGGGGUGGUGAGGCUGGAGCCUCACCUGCCGGGCCCCCCCAUUUCAGCCGCCUCGGCUCAAUCGAGAACGGUGACCUCCUCCUUCCUCAUCAGGGACAUUUUGGCCGAUUGCAAACCCUUGGCGGCCUGCGCCCCUUAUUCCAGCAGCCACGGGCAGGGCGCGCAGGAAGCGCCGGCCCCCAUUCCCGCCAAGGCCGGCGGCGAGGACUUUCGGGAGAAAAUCGAAAAAACUAGCAGCAAUUCUUCCUUGGAUUCAGAAUACAAAGUGAAGGAAGAAGGCGACCGGGAGAUCUCCAGCUCCCGAGAAAGUCCUCCGGUGCGGCUGAAGAAACCGCGCAAGGCGCGCACCGCGUUCACCGAUCACCAGCUGGCGCAGCUGGAGCGCAGCUUCGAGAGACAGAAAUAUCUCAGCGUCCAGGACAGGAUGGAGCUGGCCGCCUCGCUCAACCUUACCGACACCCAAGUGAAAACGUGGUACCAGAACAGAAGGACCAAGUGGAAGAGGCAGACGGCGGUGGGUCUGGAGCUGCUGGCCGAGGCGGGCAACUACUCCGCCCUGCAACGGAUGUUCCCUUCGCCCUAUUUCUACCCGCAGAGUUUGGUCUCCAACUUGGAUCCCGGCGCUGCGCUCUACCUGUACCGGGGACCCAGCGCGCCCCCUCCGGCGCUCCAGCGGCCUCUGGUGCCCCGCAUCCUCAUCCACGGACUGCAAGGGGGCAGCGAGCCCCCGCCGCCUCUGCCCCCGCUGGCCGGCGUCCUUCCCAGAGCCGCCCAACCGCGGUGA